CGGCUUUUGAGUUAGUGACAGCGCAGUCCUCCAAUGGAACGAGUUAGUUGGAGAACCUCCUCCGAGCCGUCGAGUGAAUACCACAGAGUUGCCUAAUGGCGACGCGUCUGGCGAUGUGAUGACGCGAUCCCAGCGAGUUGACGCCCACUCCGCCGCUUGACGAUGGACGAGAUGUACGACCCGCUCAAGUGUCACGAAGAUUCGCCGUCCUCGCCCGGCUGCCACAUGGACUUCGACGACAUGCCGGAGCUGCGGGAGGUGGAGGAGGACCGCAGGUCCCCCGGCGCCUUCCGGCUGGGGGCCGGAGUGUCGCACCAGGAGCCCGGCGGCGGCGGCGGCGGCGGCUGGCUGGCCGAGCUGGCCAACAUCGCCACCGGGCCUCAGAGCCCGCUGCUCAAAGACGCCCCCUACAAAAGAUCGUCUCCGGUGCACAUCUUCGGCAACAGCAACAGUCUCCAUUCCUACGCCCGCCCUCCUCUGGCCAGCAGCGCGCCCACCCCCUCUAGAGGUCACCUGAGGGAGCGCAGGCGCGUCAGGGCCAGCAGCGAGUCCGAGUCGGGCGUCUUCUCCAUGUCGUCGUCCUUCUCCGACGACGAAGACAUGGCCUGGUCCCGCUCGUGGCCGUCCACCGCCUGGCACUGCUUCCUCAAAGGAACCCGCCUGCGCUUCCAUCGCGGCCCAAACGUGGAGUGGCAGGAGGCCGACGAGCUGGCCGAUUCCGACGAGGAUUGGGACGACGACAGCCUGAUGCCGUCUUGCUCCUUGCUUCAGAGAUUUGGCUCGGAGGGCUUGAAGCUGAUCGGCCACGAAGAGACGCUGUCUUACGGCCAGGCGGUGCUCCAGCUGACCUUUGACCCCGGCUCCCCCGAAGACGGCCUCCUCAGCGCCGAAUGCCGACUGGACCAUCCCUUUUUCGUGCGGGGCAAAGGGUGGGCCUCCUUUUAUCCGAGCCUCACCGUGGUGCAUCACGGGAUUCCUUGUUACGAGAUGCAACUGGGGGACACCUGCCUGCCGCCCAACCACCCCGACGCCAUCAAGUGUGACGACUCGGUGGUUUUUGAUACCUUCAGAAGUUACGACUUCACCCCGCUGGACUCGUCGGCGGUGUACGUCCUGAGCAGCAUGGCGCGCCAGCGCCGCACCUCCCUGUCCGGCGGCGGCGACGGCGCCAGUCCGGACCGCGACAAGGCGGAGCGCUCGGCCUCCCCCCGGUCGGCCAGGGGCCAGGCCUCGGCCGCCGCGCCCGCCAAGUGCAAGCGGCCCAUGAACGCCUUCAUGCUCUUUGCCAAGAAGUACCGAGUGGAGUACACGCAGAUGUACCCGGGGAAAGACAACCGAGCCAUUAGCGUCAUCCUGGGCGACAAGUGGAAGAAGAUGAAGAGCGAGGAGCGGCGCUCGUACACGGUGGAGGCCAAGGCUCUGGCCGAGGAGCAGAAGCGCCUCAAUCCCGACUGCUGGAAGCGCAAGAGGACCAACUCGGGUUCCCAGCAGACUUGAGAAGACUCCCCCAACGGAGACGCGCCGCUCGCCUCGUCGUCUCCGCCCGCCGCGCCUUUCGCACGGAAAGCCCAAAGCGGGGCCCGCGUCGGAAAGUCAUCACUAACCAAGCACGUCGAUUUUCUUACUCUGUCGCUAACGCAAAAGGACCUCGUACGCCUCCUUGGCUAGGAAUCGACCUCCUGCCCUUUUUUUUUUCUUCUUCUUCUUUGUUCCGGCUAUAAGCCGGCGGUGCUAUGCGCGCUUCGCUCUCGCCAAAGCGGGAUUGCACGGCCACCUUUCACUCUCGGACACGCGUGCCGUUUGUCAGCGGGUGGCGCAAAGCCUUACGCUCGCUUUUCGUAAGAAUGUGGCGCCGCCCUCUUUUCCGCCAUCCGCCCGCCACGCGUAGCCAACGAGCGCCCCCAUCGCGCUUUAUAUCCCCACAAGUCCAGAGGAGGCGGGUCGCCGGGUUGGGCGCUAAAACCGGACGACGACCGUCCCGCCCGCAUUUCACCGAAUACGCUACAAAGGCAAGAUAUUUGGGCCGGGCGGGAAGCCAUCUUUUUCGUUUCCCCAACGCCCGAUUCCGCGGCCAGAGUUGAGGAUCGCUCAUGGAAGCCCGCCGGGAACGUCCCACGGGUGAGCCGGCGUCACAAAGGACCUUCCCCGACCGGCUCGGGUCACUGCUCCAACUUCAGCCCGACGCUUUCCCUCCCCGACGUGGCGUCGCGAGGCACCGGGGGCACCGGACGUUGUUGAAGAGCUGAACAAAGCCCGCCCGGCCCGGCCUUUCUUGGAAGGCCACGUUUGCUCCAAACAGUCAAUAUCUUGUCUUUGCGGCGUCCUCAAUGAAAUGGAGCUUGAACAUGUUUGCAAUGGGGGGGGGGGGGGGGGGGAAUGCGUUGGCGCCACGCAGCCGCUGCCCGACAGCCGCGUUGGCGCUUUCAGGUCGCAACCGUGUUGAUAAUGUACAGAUUUCACAGCCGGGAAUUGCACCCCCUCUAUCUUUGUAUCAUAUUCUAAAUCAUUUUUUGUAAACCCUG